AUGGCAGGCAGUGAUUCCCCGGCUACUAAUUGCCGCUUUUCCACGCGCAUUUCGCUACGAUGGCUUCCAGAGCCUGCUCACGAAACUACGGACACAAUUGUGAUGUCCGUGAAGGGCUGGUAUCUUGAUCUGAGAAUGGACAAGUACACAGGCGAGAUAAACUGGGCCAUUGCCGGUCAGCGGCUGAUUGAAAGCCAAGAACCCCGUUUGUCUCUCUCAAAGCAAGCUAUUCCAAUAUUCAAAGUUGUGUCUAAUAUUCUCGCAGUCGAGGUCUCUUUUACCCAUGAGCUUGACUCCCACAAUGCCUUCGAGAGUGCCGACUGUGGCACCUUCGUCACUCUUCCAAAUGGCGAUGACCUCGAGACUGGGUCAAUGCCCCGACCAGAUCUGCCAGGCACACCUGUUACGGCAUAUGAGGAGAUUUGGCGGGAGCUGCCAUUCCGUGAAGGACCAGAGGGUCCGAAGAAAGGCAUCUCAUGGAUUCUCGAAUCAGAUGAUGAAAAUCUCGGCGAAGGAGAGGUGACCGUGACCAAGACCUUUUUGGGCCGGAUCUGGGGGACGUUUCUGAGCCUUCAACAGGACCAGGUCCAUGGAAGGAAGAAGGGAUCUGACGGGAAAUGGACUGUAAGCAAAACAGGUGCUGAUGUUAGUGCCAGGCGAGAGGAAUGGAGCUCAGGAUGGAAAGAGCGAUAUGUGGUUGGCAAAAAUGGAGCCACUUUGCCUUCAAUCAUCACUGGAUUUGAAGGCGAGGGGGAAGGACCUUGGCGAGUACCCGGCGAGAAGGUGAAGAUCCAAGGAAAAUGGUAUAUAGUUCGAGCAUUUGAGGAGAUUUCAUCCUCGUUGCCAAGUAGACUUUGA